AUGACAACUGUUAGGACUUUAAUUGGAAUAGCAGUAAAGAAGGCCUGGAAUAUUUUUCAACUAGAUGUGAAUAAUGCUUUCCUUCAUGGAGACCUCCAUGAGGAGGUUUACAUGGAAGUACCUCAAGGUCUAGCUGUUGAUAGGUCAAAUUUAGUGUGCAAAUUGAACAAGUCCUUGUAUGGCUUGAAACAAGCAAGUAGGCAAUGGUAUGAGAAGUUAACUGAAGCUCUCUGUUCCAAAGGAUACACACAUUCUCUGCUAGAUUAUUCUCUGUUCUACAAAAAGAAUGGAAGUUCAAUGGUGUUUGUAGCUGUCUAUGUAGAUGAUGUUCUAGUGACAGGGACUGAUUUGAAAGAAAUAGGUGCUCUAAAGAGGUAUCUACAUGAGACCUUCAGAAUAAAAGACCUAGGCAGACUACACUAUUUUCUGGGUUUAGAAAUUCUAUACAAAGAUAAUGGGGUAUUAAUAUCACAAAGAAAGUUCACAAUGGAUCUACUGUCAGAAUUUGAUUGUAUGAAGUAUUCUGCAUUAACCUCUCCAUUGGAUCCCUCAACUAAGCUGAGUGCAAAUGAAGGGCCCCUGCUUCCUGAUCCCUCACAUUUCAGGAAACUAGUGGGCAAGUUGAACUACCUAACCAAUACCAGACUUGACAUAUCAUAUAGUGUGCAAUGUUUGAGUCAGUUUAUGCAAAGUCCUAGGGAGCCACACUUGAGAGCUGCUUAUCAUGUACUGAGAUACCUCAAAGGUGAUCCAAAUUUAGGAAUCUUCCUGUAUAAUAGCAAUGAUUACAUAAUUCAAGCAUUUUGUGACUCAGACUGGGCAGCCUGCCCUGAUUCAAGAAAGUCAGUCAGUGGCUAUGUUGUGCUACUAAGGGAUGGUCCAAUCAGCUGGAAAUCAAAGAAACAACAGACCAUAUCACUAUCCUCAGUAGAAGCAGAAUAUAGAGCUGCUAGACAAGCUGUUGGAGAGUUAGUUUGGCUACUUAGAUUGCUUGCAGAGUUGGCAGCUCCCUUGACACUACCUGUUCAAGUCUUUUGUGAUAGUCAAGCAGCAAUUCACAUAGCCAAGAAUCCUGUAUUCAACGAACGCACCAAACACAUAGAGGUGGACUGUCACUUUGUGCGUGAUCAAAUGCACGAAAGGACCAUUACACUGCAUCACAUUUCCACAAAUGAUCAACUGGCAGACAUCUUCACAAAGCCCCUCACAGGAGUAAAACAUUGCAAUUUACUUAGCAAGUUGGCUGUGAGUCCCUCCCUUCCAACUUGA